CACCGAGCGACGUUUUCUCAGGCCGCGAGUAAGGUCCAGGAAAAUCCUUUCGUUGGAGAGAUAUGGCACCAUCACCCACAAAGCGGAAGGAGGAGGAAAAAACAAAAGAUAGAGGCAAAGAAAAGACUAGUACCAAGGAAGGAGACAAGGAGAGAGGACGGGAGAAAGUAAGGAAACGCCGCAGUGCUUCUACUGGCAGCAGCAGCAGCAGGUCCAGAUCGAGCUCCACUUCAAGCAGCAGCUCUGGUUCCAGCUCGGGUUCCUCGAGCGGAUCCAGCUCAUCUGGUUCCAGCCGUUCUGGUUCUUCAAGCUCUCGUUCCUCCUCCUCUUCCAGCUCCUCGGGCUCCCCCAGCCCGAGCCGCAGACGCCACGACAACCGCCGCCGCUCCCGCUCAGCGUCCAAAACACAGAAGAGGGGAGAUGAUAAGGAGCGAAGGAAAAGAAGCCCGAGCCCCAAACCAACUAAAGUUCAUCUAGGACGACUGACCAGGAAUGUCACCAGGGACCACAUCCAGGAGAUCUUUUCCACAUAUGGAAAAAUCAAAAUGGUCGAAAUGCCAAUGGACAGGCUAAACCCACACCUAUCCAGGGGCUUCGCUUACGUGGACUUUGAGACUCCUGAGGAGGCCCAGAAGGCCCUCAAAUAUAUGGACGGAGGUCAGAUUGACGGACAGGAAAUCACUGCGUCUGCCGUGCUACCUCAACGAGUCCGCCCUCCACCUCGCAGACCUUCUCCCCCUCGCAGAAUGCCCCCACCGCAGCCAAUGUGGCGUCGCAGUCCGCCGCGCAUGAGGAGAAGGUCCCGCUCCCCGAGGAGGCGGUCCCCAGCACGCCGCCGCUCUCGCUCCAGAUCCCCUGGUCGCAGGCGUCACCGCUCCCGUUCCAGCUCUAACUCCUCCAGAUAGACGAGUUUUGUGCCUCCUGCUAUCAAGUGAUCUCUUAGGUCCUUUCUCUGAUCAGCUGGAGCCUCUGCUUUCCCAGACCUCGUGGACUCACCAGAAAUAAAACCAUCUGCGCUGUAGCCAACGCAAACAUCUGCCCGCAUGUAGAAAGCGGAAGUGUUUUUUUUUUUUUUCUGCAAAUGUGAGUUACUUUUCAUGUUUCGUUUAAAGUUGAUCCCAAAAAAGCUUCUGUGUUUCUUGUUGUGUUUCAGGCUGAGCGUGGGCUCCACUGAGAUCGACAAAUAUUUCUUUUUAAGUAUGACUUCUUUUUACCAUGUACUGAAUUUUUAGACAUUUUUGAAAAAUAAAAACAAUGAAACAGG